UCGAGGCUCCACUGCAGAUUCAAUGUAAAAUUAUCAUGUGCACCACUCCGUUUCCUAUCCCUCUAUUUAUAAACUUCAAUCUAUGACUGCACAGAGGACAAGCAAAAGGAUCUAGGAAUAGACACGGAAAAGACAGCUUAUACACUGGAUAGAAUGGCUACUGUAACUCUAUUUGAUUUUCUCUGCUGUCUGCUGGGAAGUGUUUCUCUUGUGUAUGGGCAGACUUUGUAUCGACUGGCAUCACCAAAUGAGCCUGAUGGCACUGACCACACUGGAGAGAUCAUCUCGUUCUCUGAUGUUGGACCAGCAGUUGAUAGUAAUCCACCAGCCUGGUAUUGCUACACGAACGACCAUAGUCGUGUGAGAUGGGAUUUCCCUAAUAGGAAUUCAUUGCCCAUAGACCUAGUUAAAGGGGUUGCAACUGGGGACGAUCUGUUCAUCAGUGGUCUUCAUGAACGAGCCGUUGUUCUGCAUCGUGGACCCUCACACUUCAGUCCUGAUGGAGAACACUGCUGUACGAGGAAUGAUAAUACACAUAGGAUAUGUGUCACCUUCACUCCCUGUCCCACACUGAGUCCCCUGUCUAAUGGAAUGAUCUCAUACGACCCAGACACAAACAUGGCCACCUACAGCUGUGACACUGGGUACACUAUCAGUGGAGCUACUCCGAUAACUUGUAUGAGUACUAGUACUACUAGUGCUGGUACCUGGUCUACAACACCACCCACUUGUACAAUGGUCACCUGCCCUGUCCUACCUGACCCUACCAAUGGAGGCGUGUCCAACCCUAGCCUCAACUACCAAGGCGUUGCCACAUACAGCUGUGAUACUGGCUUUGUCCUCGCUGGAAGUGCUACUAGACAGUGUCGAGCUACUGGUCAGUGGUCAGGAGUGGCACCAACUUGUCCACUUGUGGAUUGUGGACAACCUACUGCUCCCAGUAAUGGAGAAGUUAACAUGCCUGUUGGUACUACAUUCAAUAACGUGGCACACUACAGUUGCCAUUCCUGCUAUCGUCGUCUAGGAGUUUCAUUACGGAUUUGUGGAGGAAAUGGACUGUGGAUCCCAGCUCAACCAGCAUGUGAAAUUCUUGAUUGCGAUCGACCUCCUGAUCUUGAAAAUGGAAUAACCACAACACCUUACACAACAACUUGCAGUAGUGUGGUCACCUACAGCUGUGACAGAGGCUAUUUACUGGAGGGAGUUAGCUCACGUUCCUGUCAGACUAAUGAAGAGUGGUCUAAUGGAACAGCACUGUGCAAUCCUAUUGACUGUGGCAGCUUGAGUAGUCCUGACAGAGGCACAGUGUUGUUGUCUGGCUCUACUUUCAUGAGCAGAGCUACCUACUCUUGCAACAGUGGAUACCCACUGAGAGGACCUGCAGUACGUACUUGUGGUCCUGAUGGACAAUGGUCCCAAUAUUCACCUAGCUGCGAGCCUGUGGACUGUGGUGCAUUGAUGAACCCUACUAAUGGAGGAGUAGACACAUCGUCUGGAACCAUUUUCAUGAAUAGAGCUACCUACACUUGUAACAUAGGCCAUAAUCUUGUGGGAACUAGCUCAAGAAUGUGUUUAGCAAGUGGAAUGUGGAGUUCUGUACAGCCAACUUGUGAAGUUGUUGACUGUGGAGCACUUGAAGACCUCAGAGAUGGCAGAGUUGUGAUAUUACAGGGAACCACUUUUGGUCAAUUAGUUGUGUACUCUUGCAAUGAGGGGUACACACUAAAUGGAAAUGCCAGACGUACUUGCACUGUUAGUGGGCAAUGGACAGGGUCAGCCCCAUUCUGUGAUCCCGUCGACUGUAGAGGGCUUGAUGCUCCAGCUGAUGGUCAUGUGACCACCUCUCAAGGCACUCACUUUAUGGAUACUGCCUUGUACAGUUGUUCCCCAGGCUACAACCUCACUGGAUGCUCCGAGGCAGUGUGUCAGUCCAAUGCCACCUGGUCAUGUGACCCUCCUUUCUGUGCCGACAAUACAAUGAUUCAACUCAAGUUCGGGCCAACUAGCUAUUGUGUGGAGUGGAAUGAUGAUAAAGUUAAAUUGAUGUACAAGAUCAUGCACAUUGCCAUCACCAAGGCAAUAGAAAAGAGUGGACAUGACAUUCCCAUGAACAACAUUCAACCUGGCUACUUUAUCUGUUACGAAUCCACAACGAGGACGACCUAUCGAACCACGAUCACUGGUACGAAGAGUGUGAGUGCUGUCAACUAUGCUGAAGUACUUGAGGAGUGGGUGGAGUCUGGAGUGACCACCAGGUUCCUAUGGUAUGCUAUCAGGACGGACAAGGCUUGUCCAGUGGUCAUUGACUCCAUGGACCAGGACGAGUGUGAAUAACAAUGUAUAGCGAGUAUUGAUAGACUCAAUUCAUCGUACAUUUUAAGGAAACUUAUAAGUUAUAAUGCUGCACUGUCUAGGAUAUUGUAGAUUUGCAUACUGUUUAUAUAACUUAAAGUUAUGAUUGUUGCUAUCCUGUAGAGUCCUAUAUAUAUGAUAUUUUCUAUUCAAAAGUA